AUGCCGCCUGGGGAGGCAGCUCAGGGGCAAGCGUUUAGACGCCAGGAUGUCACCCGCGGAGACUCUGGCCUCAGUGCCAGGGUCUCGACAAGUGGGAGCAGCCUCGCCCAGGACCCACGUCUGGAGAUCGUGGGACCCGUCUCCUUGAUGACCCUGGACACCAUCAUGAAGUGCGCCUUCAGCCACCAGGGCAGCGUCCAGACUGACGGGGAUUCCCACUCCUACAUCCAGGCCAUUUGGGAUCUCAAAAAUCUCUUUUUUUCCCGCUCGAGGAGUGCCUUUCUCCAGAAUGACAUCAUCUACAGGCUGAGCCCUGAAGGCCGUAAGAGCCACCGUGCCGUCAGGAUAGCCCAUCAACACACAGACCGAGUGAUCCAGCUGAGGAAGGCGCAGCUGCAAAAGCAGGGAGAGAUGGAGAACGUGAGGAAGAGGAGGCACUUGGAUUUCCUGGACAUCCUCCUCCUUGCCCGAAUGGAGAAGGGGAACAGCUUGUCGGACACCGACCUCCGUGCCGAAGUGGACACGUUCAUGUUCGAGGGUCAUGACACCACAGCCAGUGGCAUCUCCUGGAUCCUCUAUGCUCUGGCCUCCCACCCUGAGCAUCAGCAGAGAUGUCGGGCGGAGAUCCAAGGCCUCCUGGGGGAUGGCACCUCCAUCACCUGGGACCACCUGGACCAGAUGCCCUACACCACCAUGUGCAUCAAGGAGGCCCUGAGACUCUAUCCGCCAGUACCAGGAGUUAGCAGAGAGCUCAGCAAGCCCAUCACCUUCCCUGAUGGACGCUCCUUACCUGCAGGAAUCAUCCUCUCGCUCUCCAUUUACGGCCUUCACCACAACCCGCAGGUGUGGCCGAACCCAGAGGAGUUUGACCCAUCCCGGUUUGCCCCGGGUUCUGCUCGACACAGCCAUGCCUUCAUGCCCUUCUCAGGGGAUCCAGGGCCCAGCACCCAGACACUGGCUCUGCCCAUGGCCUCAGCGUCCCUGGAAGCAUGCACAGCACCUUAUCAAGGAGAUCACAGCCUGUGCACAAUGAAGAAAAAUGUAAGCAGAAUGAAGGAGCUCAGGAAGCAGUCCCAGUUAAAAGACCAGGAGAAUUCACCUGAAGGAGCAAACGAUGAAGCAGGCCUCUGCAGUCCACCAGACACUGAGUUCAAAAAGGAGGUGGUGAAACUACUGAAGGAGUUCAGAACAAAUAUGAACUGCAUUGGGAAGCAGUUUGCCAUGAACGAGAUGAAGGUGGCUGUGGCCCUGACCCUGCUCCGCUUUGAGCUGGCACCAGAUCCCUCCAGGAAGCCCACUGUCAUUCCAGAAGUUGUGUUGAACUCCAAAAACGGGAUCCACCUGAAACUCCGCAAGCUCCCGUAA